CGGGUGAUUGACAUUAUCAAGUUGGUAAGGCUAGAAGGAUUGUUUAGGGCCCCUUCCAGAGAGAUAGAUCAUUGCCUAAUAUCGGCCCUAGUUGAGCGAUGGCGACCGGAGACUUAUACGUUCCAUCUUCCACAUGGUGAGAUGUCAAUCACCCUACAAGAUGUGGAGGUCAUUUUUGGACUUCCUAUAGACGGUGAGGUCUUGGUUGGGCCGACUGCUGUGGUGGAUGGGAAUUGGAGUCAACUGUGCAUGGAGUUGCUUGGUUUUACUCCGGCGAAUGACAACAAAACUUUGGUGGGGCAAAGAAUUCUUAUCAGCCGCCUUGUUGAUGCCAUUUCAACGCCACUGCCUCAUGACACAACGGAGAUUCAGAUACACCAGUAUGCCCGGUGCUAUAUUUUAACGCUAGUAGGGGAUAAGCUUUUCAUGGACAGGUCGGGAGAUAGGGUGCAUCUGAUGUUCUUAGAGUUCCUGCGGAACCUUCGUGAUCCACCACAGUAUAGUUGGGGUAGUGGUUGCCUGGCCUGGUUGUACAGAGAGUUGUGUCGGGCAAGCGAGAAAGGGGCAUCGCAGAUUGGUGGGGCGUGCACCUUGGUCCAGUAUUGGGCAUGGGCAAGGUUGCCAUUCUUGUGCCCGAGGAUAGAGCCCCCACCUGGAUGUGAUUAUGGCCCAUGGCCAUAUACUCCACUUGCAUUUAAGUGGGUACGGGUGCCAAGCCCGAAGAGUAGGCCAUCCAGCACGGCCUUGAUCCACUAUCGCGAGCAAUUAGUUACAAUGUGAACAGACCAG